UCUUCUUCCUUACCGGCAUUAAGUUCACAACAUUUUUAGUAAACAUUUACAAAUUCAUAUAUUUUAUAAAACAUGACCAAUAUUGUGCAGUAUAUUGUCGUCCGGAGUGAUUUGCGUUCAGCGCUUAGUUGGCCAAUGGGCGCGGUCAUCGCCCAGUGCUGCCAUGCAACAGCGGCCGUUAUACACUUAAAUUCAGAAGAUGCGGACACCGUGGCCUAUUUGAAAGAUCUGGACAACAUGCAUAAGGUGGUACUGGAGGCAAAAGAUGAGGCAGCCCUAGUGAAGCUGAGUGAAAAGUUGAAGGAAAAUGAGAUUAAGCACAAGUUGUGGAUCGAACAACCCGAGAAUAUUCCAACCUGCAUCGCAUUGAAACCCUAUGUAAAGGAUACAGUUCAUAAAUAUGUUAAACACUUUAAGCUCUUAAAGGAAUAAGGAGUGCUAAAAAAUAGUGCCUUUGAUUAGAUUAAGCCUCAUACUUUUAUAUUCUAUCAAAGUCGUACAUAACUUUUUGGUACAUUUUUCUAAUAAACUACAUGUAUACUGA